AAUCAAUUGAAGACUUAUUGUUUAAUUUGCCGGGAAGUAAAUUUCUCUCUCUUAUCUCUUGUCCAACAUACUGUAGAGUGCAAAAUCUGCAUUACUAUCAAGGACCAGAGUCCAGUGUUUGGAGUGCACAAAAAAAUUCAUGGACAACUAAUCCAAAAGUAGAGGAUCUCACAGAUGGACUGCUACAAGAAUGGACAGGUAAGGGCAGAACUUACACAACAUCUUCCUUUAACAUCUUCCCACAACAGUUGGAGUGGACGUCGUGUCAGAUAUAUGAAGGAAAAAUGCCAAACUCAAAUGAAAAUAUUCCAAAGGAGUCUGUAAAGACAGAUUUUAUUAAACUACAGAAUGAGCUUGUAUAGUAAUGACUGAAACAUUUUAUAAAGUCAUUUCUUAUUUAGGAUCAGUGUGAGUUUGAGGAGGUGGCCGUUUACUUCUCCGAGGAGGAGUGGGACUGUUUAAAUGAAGUCGAGAAGGAGCUUUACCGGGAUGUGAUGUUGGAGAAUUACCAGACCCUCAGCUCUCUGGGUAAGGCUGUCUGUCAGGCAAGAUUUCUAUCUGUAACUCUUCUUCAAAUAGCUUUCUAUACAUUUUGUAAUAUUUGUAUAGAGAAGUAUCCUAUAAAGAUUCUCUCAUCCACUCACAGGAUGUAUCCGUGUGACUCCUCCAGUUAUAUCGGUGAUUGAGCAAGGUGAAGAGCCGUAUGUGAGGGGACUCCAAGAAUUUAAAGAGAUUGGUUGUCCAGUAUACCCAGGUUAGUAUUACUAAUCGUGUUCUUGGUUUAUGAAUUGGCAUAUUUUAGUGCAACAUUUCUAAAAUAUUUGUGGUGAAAUAGAAUAGUUUUUUAUAUAUAUAUAUAAACUAUAGUAAAACUGGCAGCACGUACGGUCUUCAAAUAAAACGUCUUUAUUUUGCAAGCUUAAAACGUAGGAUCAACGUUUCAGUCCUUUUUAAAGGACCACUCUAGGCACCCAGACCACUUCAGCUUAAUGAAGUGGUCUGGGUGCCAGGUCCAGCUAGGGUUAACCCUUUUUUUUAAUAAACAUAGCAGUUUCACUAGUCACAACCUUAGAUAUGGACUUUCCAUAGCUCAGCAGCAAGUAAGCCAUAGUAUGACAGCGUAUAGCUAUAUAUGAGUUAUAAACAGGAUAUCUGUUAAUUUUGUUAAGACCAGAAUAUCAUUGCUAGGUUGUCACAGUUCUUCAUAAGAAAGCCUAGCAGUCAUAUUUCUCAGUCAAGACUUAAAUGGUUACUACACACACCAUAACCCCUUCCUAAUUUGUGGUGAUGGUGCCUGGAGUCUGUAUGUGUAGCGUUUCUCUUCGAAACACUGCAUAUUCAUAGAUUACAGGAUUUUAAUUUGUUGCCGGAUCUCCCUCAUUGUGAGGAAAGUGCAUCGAACCAUAGGUAAGGAUAAAUAUUUUUAUUCUGAAGUGAACAUACAGUAAGGACACACAGGGAAGAGAAUGAUGAUUGUAACAGGGCUCCAGUACUUGGACGUAUAACCUCUGUCUGAUCAACUUCCUCACUGCUACCAGGAGACCCGGCAGUGCUCCAUCGCCAAAGCUAAAUUGGGAUCUCUGGGUACCAAUUCCUCUGGAAGGACUACCGUGGUUAUAGCCCUUUCUCUGGAUACCUUCUCACCUGGAUAGCAGUAAUCAUUUCCCUUUCCCCCACACAUUAAUGUUGGGGGUAAAAUAAACACAGUAAUAUCUCUCUAUCUAUCUAUAUAUACACAGUUCAAAUGUAGAUUUCCAGGUUCCAGUAGGUUCCAGUUCGGGAAUUUGGAGUGCUACUUUGUAUCCUGUUCGGGAGUUUGGGGUUCUGCAGUAGCUGUGCCUGUGUCUCUGGAAGGAGAAGAUCUUCUAAACGGCGGUUUAACCCCUUUUAUGCCUGAGGGUGCCGUUACGCUUUCAAUGUAGGGUAAUAACUGCUUGAUCCAAGGAUAAAUCUGACUGCCAUUCUGGGGUCAUGAAGGAAUUUUUUUCCUAGCUUGUUGCAAAAUUGUGCUUCAAACUGGGUUUUUUAGCCUUUUUUUUGGAUCAACUGCAAAAAACAAAUGUGAGGAAGGCUGAACUUGAUGGACGCAAGUCUCUUUUCAGCUAUGUAACUAUGUAAUAUAAAGCUUCAAUUGCUCCCUCUAUCCAACUAGUAAAUCCAAACUGAGUCAGCAGCUCUCUCAUAAAUCCCCAUCCUACCCUGUCGAAGGCCUUUUCUGCAUCCACCGAUAGGGUCAGCAGGGGAACUCUCCUGGACUGCGCCCAGUCCAGUGAAUCAAUCACUCUCCGUGUAUUAUUAUUUGAUUGUCUACCCAAUAAGAAACAAAUUUCAUCCUCAUGAAUAACUGAGGGAAGCACUCAUUUGAUCCUCUCUGCCAAAAUGGAUGCUUAUAGUUUUACGUCUACAUUGAUCAGAGAUCGGACUGUAGUUGGCCAGUACAAUAGGAGACUUAGCCUUAAAAUCAGCAGAAUAGUUGCCCUCAAUAGAUCCUUUGAUGCUUUACCUUUACCAGCUAUUUCAUUAAACGUUGUUGAGUGCGGGGUAAUUACAUUUCCAAAACAUUUAUAGAAUGCAUUAGAAAAAAACCAUCUGGGCCGGGUGUUUUAUCUUUCUCGAAUCUGCGAACCCCAUUGAUAACCUCCUCUUGACUCAUUUCUUUAUUCAGAGACUUCAAUUGAUCUUUUGAUAUCUGUGGUAUUAAAGAGUUAUUUAAAUAGUUUAGAAUUGCAUCUUCUGGAAUCUCAGCUGCUGAAUUAUAAUUUUUCAUAAUACAAUUUGAAUUGAUUUUCUAUAUCUUCUGGUUUAGAAAAAAAAUCUUAUUUCCUUAUUUCCUUCAACUAUUUUAUAAAUCUUUUUAUCCAUUUCAACUAGAUUUUAUAAAUCUUUUUAUCCCCUCCACCCCUCCUCAAACAAUUCUCCCAAAUCACCAAACAAGUUUCCGAUAUUAUAACCAAUUCUUAUUUUUCACCCAUUCCGUAGCUUGCUCGUGAUUAUUAAAUGUGUACCAAUUAUUCUCAUACAUAAUUCUCAGGGCCGUUGGAAAUCCCCAUUUGAAUUUUAAGUUUUGUUUUAUAACCGGAAAAAUAAAUGAAAAGGAUCUCCUCUUUGCAAGUGUAUGGUAAGAGACAUCUGGCAAUAUUUUUAAGUCCUUAAAUUUAUCUUCCAAUGAACUCCUUCUCCUAAACUCCUGUAUAACUCCCCAUUUGAAUUUGUAAGAGUGGAAAGCCACUAUGACGUCACGUGGUAGAUGAUCUGGUGUUGUCCUAUUAAGUGGAAGUCUAUGGCAUCUAUCUAUUUUUUGUUCAUGAUUGUUUGGCAAUUCUAGGCAAUGGAAGAGUUCUUUUAACCCCUUAAGGAUGAAACUUCUGGAAUAAAAGGGAAUCCUGACAUGUUUAAGGGGUUAAGAAAUAUUUAAAUUUACUAUCUUAGAUGUCUUCUGGUAUGUUCCGGAAUCUUCAGUUUGCUCUCCUUGAUCUAUCUUCGGGAUCACUUAUUAUUUUCUUCUAACUGCGUUAUUUUAGAUUCCAUACUAUUCUGGUUUUCUUGCGUAUCCUGAAGUUGAUUUUCUGUCUGUUCCAUAUGUUGAAUUCUCUAGUUAAGAGACAGGAAAUCUGAUUUCAGGUCUAUAAAUGUAUUAUUUAUUUAAUUUUGAAGCUCUUUCAGCACUAUAUCGAGGCAAUCUUUUAGGAAGCUUGGGGAGACAGUGUCACUUUCUGCUCCGUGAGGCUGUAUGUUUUGAGAUAAUGACAGGGAUGUAUCUGCACUGUUUUUCUCCAUUAAUUCAGGGUCUUGUAUGGAGAAAAAUUAUGAAAGCUUUUUUUCUUGUUUUUGUCCUUUUUUCCCCUCCAUUUUUACACUCUAUCUACUUUCUUGCAUUCUUUUAGAUGCCAUUUUUAACCCCGUUUUUCUGUUCUGUUAUGUUCUUUUUUUUUUUUUAUUAUUAUAUAUAGGUAAUUACAGCUCUAUAUACUUAGUACAGCAAAGUCAAUAUUAUGGCUGUUUUCUUUGGAUCUGUUUUGAUUUUAGUUUUUUAAUUUCAAAUGCUUUAAUAAAUCUUUUUUUUUUUUAACAGAAUAUAUCUGCAGAUAUUCUUCUUUUUGGGUUACGGCACGUUUACUUAAUAUCUUUAAACAUUUGCAGGAAGUCGUUCACUUUGUUUUACUUCCACAAUUUAACACAAAAAUAAAUAAUCCAAUUCAUGCGCAGCUGAUUUUCUCUGCAGUUUCAAGCCUUCAGCAUGAUUCAGUAUUCAGUAAUGAUUCAUACCUUACUGACAGUUCCGGCUUCAGUGGAAUUUCUCUUUUCAACUUUGUAUUCCUCGGAUCAUCUUUUUAGCUGUUUAAGUUUGAAUCCUUAUCAAAAUAAAUCUGGAGUAAAGUAGAGCUGUGCAGUAAAUCUUCACAGGCAGCCUCCCCGUCACUUAUCUCUUUAUCAGAAUUCUUGGUUGUAUAGGGAGAGGUAUUAGCAGUAGAAAGAGGGAAGUUCUCAUGCCAUUGUACAGAACACUGGUGAGACCUCACUUGAAAUAUUGUACACAGUACUGGAGACCGUAUCUUCAGAAGGAUAUGGAUACUUUAGAGAGCGUUCAGAGAAGGGCUACUAAACAGGUUCAUGGGUUGCGGGAUAAAACUUACCAGGAAAGGUUAAAGGAUCUUAACAUGUAUAGCUUGGAGGAAAGACUAGAGAGGGGGGAUAUGAUAGAAACUGCGACGAGAGCAAUCUCGCCACAUUGCAUUGGAGAAGCCUGGUUGCUCGCCUGUUGCCUUUGGAUUAUGGCCCCAUGUUAAAAGGCUUGAUUUUCCCCUGCAAAGACAAGAAAGCCGGGUCAUUUGGUGCUUGCCCUGUUUGAGCGGUGAUACCCCAGAUAGCUAUGCCAUGGAGCUCAUUCGUAUAAUGAAAGACUAUGGGAAAGACUUUGGCUCCAUGGCAAUUGAACUGUAUGUGUGUGCUCUGAGCGCCAUUCAGUAAUAAUGUGCGCUCAGAUCUGAGCUAUCUGGGGAUAUGUUGAAUGUACCUGUUUUGUGCAAUGGCUGCACAGUUAUAUGUUUUUAUGUGUUUUACUGUCUUUUGCUGCCAUGUGUUCAAUGGAGUUUUGCCUCUGUCCUUGGAGAUAAUUGGAUUACUUCCCAAUUAUCUCCAGGAUAGAAGACUCUGUGGAACUGGUUUUGGGCAGAAAAGCCAUGCUUCAUUUGGUCACAAAGGACUACGAUCUAUCUUUUGAACCACUGGACCAAUUUGUAUGAUUUUGACGUAUGUUUGUAUUUGGAGUAUGCUGAUUCUGAAAUGUAAGUUUUAUGUGAAUGUGAUGCAUACUUUUCAAGUUAUGAAUAAUGUGGAAAAAUUUUAUUUCUCUGCUUGUGCUAAAUUACAUUACCCAUUGUGUAAGGUAAUUGAAUCACAUGCAGAGGGGAGGAAUUUGUGUGGGAGUGUCUGAGUGUAUUGUAUGUGUUUAUUGGUUGUAUUCCAAAACCCUGUGGGUGGUACUAAUGUGUAAGAAUGUGUACAUAAGCACAAUAAACCCACAGCUCUGUCUGUUCACUGCUUGACCCUCAACACGGAGCUUUGUCUCGUUCUUGGGGGGAUUUAUUGUAUGCUGUUCCAGUUCGACUGCUAGGAGUGUAAACCUAUUCGUAUGGUUUUUGCUAUUCGGCUGUUUACAGCAUUCGUAUGGUUUCCUGUUCGGCGAAUUGGUGUUCUGCAGUAGCUGUGCCUGCGUCUCUGGAAGGGGACGAUCGCCUAAACGGUUUAAACCCCUUGUGUGCUGAAACGGUCCGUUACAGAAACAUUUAAAUACAUAAAAUGAAUCAACACAGUAAAGGAGGAGACUAUAUUUAAAAGAAGAAAAACUACCACAACAAGAGGACAGUGUCUUAAAUUAGAGGGACAAAGGUUUAAAAAUAAUAUCCGGAAGUAUUACUUUGCUGAGAGGGUAGUGGAUGCAUGAAAUAGCCUUCCAGCUGAAGGGGUAGAGGUUAACACAGUAAAGGAGUUUAAGCAUGCGUGGGAUAGGCAUAAGGCUAUCCUAACUAUAAGAUAAGGUCAGGGACUAAUGAAAGUGUUUAGAAAAUUGGGCAGACUAGAUGGGCUGAAUGGUUCUUAUCUGUCAUCACAUUCUAUGUUUCUAUCUCUAUCUUCAUAUCUCUUGUAGCUGUAUCAGUCGCGUUCUCUCCUUACUCGAACUCAGCUUCUCAGCAUGCCUUGUGGCCCGCUCUCUCCCUCAUUCCUCGGAGUCCCUUAUCUUCUGUGUUGAAACAUUCCCCUCACGUCAUGUGUGUAUUACGUCAUCACGCCCCUAGCUGAUGUUUUUAACACUAUAGGGUCAGGAAUACAUUUUUGUGUUCAUGACCCUAUAGUGUUCCUUUAAUUUUUCACCCUAUUGUUUAGAUUUUAUUCAUAUUAAAUUAUGCUUCAUGUAUAAAUAUGUGAAGUGAAAGCCCUAUUUCUCCUGAACAAAAUGAUAUAUAUUAAGUGUGGGUGCACUUAAUAUGAAAAUUUUUAAUUACGGUUGAAGAAACUUCUAAAUUCUGAUUCAAAACUUGGACAAUUGCCUCCAUCCUUAAGGGGUAAUGCAAAUACAACCCUAACUUAAUUUAUUGUAAAUCUAAUUUUAGCCUCCCCAUGUCUUAUUUGGUUUAACGUAGAAUUGUAUUUUCAUCAUUUCAAGAAUAUUUUUUCUCUUUUAAAGAAGUGUAGUGUUAAUUAAGCAUGGUGAUUAAUGUUUAGAUGUGUCUUUCUAAAUGUCAUGCUAAUGAUUUAAAGGAAAAUUUCAUUAACUGAAAGUCACCAAACCAGAGGAGAGAUUUUCAAACUCUUAAGUAACGUGUUUAAUUUGAUUCCUAUAUUUAUUUCAGAAAGCUUUGUGAACAUACAUUUUCCAGAAAAAUGUCACAAAACCAGAAACGCACUAAGCAAGACAGAAGAGAAAUCUUUUGGAUUGAAGAACUCCAUAGAGCACAAGCUUUCCUUAAAAUGCAAUAUGGGUACUGCUCAGAAGAUGCACACAGAACCAAAUUUAUUCUUAUGUUCUGAUUGUGGGAAAUGUUUUGACUUUAACUCUCAACUUGUAAUUCAUCAGAGAACCCACACAGGAGAAAAGCCAUAUUCAUGUUCUGAAUGUAAAAAAUGUUUCAGCCAAACGUCUUUACUUGUUAACCAUCAGAGAACUCACACAGGAGAGAAACCUUUUUCUUGUUCUGAGUGUGAGAAAUCAUAUAGUUUUAAAUCACAUCUUAUUCGACAUCAAAGAGCUCACACAGGAGAGAAACCAUUUUCAUGUUUUGAAUGUGGCAAAUGUUUCAGCCAAAACUCGAUACUUGUUAACCAUCAACGAACACACACAGGAGAUAAGCCAUUCUCAUGCUCUGAAUGUGGUAAGAAUUUUGGUUCAAAUGCUUAUCUUGUUAGACAUCAGAGAAGCCACAGAGGGGACAAGCUUUUCUCAUGUUCUGAAUGUGGGAAAUGUUUUCAUUUUCAUUCGCAACUGCUUGCACAUCAGAGAACUCACACGGGCGAGAAACCAUUCUCGUGUGCAGAAUGUGGGAAAUGUUUUGGUCGUAAUGCUGAUCUGGUUAGUCAUCAGAGAAUGCACUCUGGAGAGAAACCAUUCUCUUGUUCUUAUUGUGGUAAGGACUUCAGCUUUAAUGCAUAUCUCAUUAGACAUCAGAGAACUCACACAGGGGAAAAACCUUACUCAUGUCCUGAAUGUGGAAAAUGUUUUAGCCGUAACACAACAUUUGUAAAUCAUCGGAGGACUCAUACAGGAGAGAAACCAUUCACUUGUUCAGAAUGUGGUAAAUGUUUCAGCCAAAAUGCAAUACUUGUUAGACAUCAGAGAUCUCAUACAGGAGAGAAAUCAUUCUCAUGUUCUGAAUGUGGGGAAUGUUUUGGUCGUAAUGCUGAUUUUGUUAGACACCAGAGAAUGCACAUUGGAGAAAACCCAUUCUCUUGUUCUCAGUGCGGGAAAUGCUUCAGCUUUAAUGCAUAUCUCAUUAGACAUCGGAGAACUCAUACAGGGGAAAAGCCUUUUUCCUGUUCUGAGUGUGGGAAAUGUUUUAGUUGCACCUCAACUCUAGUUAAUCACCGGAGGACUCACACAGGAGAUAAACCAUACACGUGUUCAGAAUGUGGUAAAUGUUUCAGGCAAAAUGCAAUACUUGUUAGACAUCAGAGAACUCACACAGGAGAGAAACCUUUCUCAUGUUCAGAGUGUAGGAUAUCUUUCAGUUUUAAGUCACAGCUUGUUAUGCAUCAGAAAACUCACACUGGAGGAAAACCAUCACCUAGAUUUAAAGGUGGAAAAUCUAGCUCUAAAGCUUAUCUUUAUAAACAUCAAUAAGUUCACACAUAGGAUGCAUUUUCGUAUACUGUGAAUGUGGGAGAAUGUUAAUAUCCAGAACCCAGUGGUUGUUAGACAUCAGAAAAUUCACACACAAGAGAAUCAGUUUUAAAGUUUUUAAAAUUAAAUUCAGUUUGUUACAUGUUAUAAUUCUCACUAGAGUUUUCUCAAUGUUAAGUAUGGUGUUCACUGCAAUUAAAAUUUGCAAUACACAAGCUCAGUAAAAAGAAAAAAAAAUUUCAGUCCAUUUAAAAAUGACGACACAAGAACUGCACAUUGAUAACCAGCCAAGUGGCCAGCGUCACAAGCAGAUUAACAUGUUCUUACUCAUAUACUACAAAAACAUGUUAAGGUACAUACAAUGCUGUGCUCACUGGCUUAUGUCAUAAAGAUGCUGUUCCUGCACAAUCGUUUAUAAAUUGGCCACAGCAAAAGGCUGUUUAUGUUUAUUGUCAUGCCAUAGAAACAUUAUUAAAUGGUCUGUGCAUAUGGCUGAUUCUAGCUUAAAGGACCAUUAUGAUUUUCACAGUGAGAAGCACGCAAGCGCCUCUAGCGGCUCUCAAUGAGACAGCCACUAGAGGCUCUGGAGGCUGGAUUAACCAUCAGUAUAAACAUAGCAGUUUCUAUAAAACUGCUAUGUUUAUAAAAAAAAGGGUUAAUCCUAGAGGUACCUGGCACCCAGACCACUUCAUAAAGCUGAAGUGGUCUGGGUGCCUAGAGUGGUCCUUUAAGAAGGGUUUGAUUGCGUAAGAAUGUGAUAGAUGUCAGAACAUUCACAACAUAAAUUCAAUUUUUUAAAGCUGGGACUCCAACUAGUGUUACUCUACAAGGGGUGAAAUUUACACACACAUUGCCCCUAUGUUUAUCUUUCAUCAGAUAGGAUGACUAUACCUGAUUUGUCUCUGUUGCCUCACAGAUAUAAGUAAAAUGGGUCAUAUCCAAAAAAAAAACAAUAAUAAUCAAGAGAUUAAUAGUCAUACCUCCUGUUGUAAAUAUUCAUAACAGCAAAAGCACACCCUACAAAAGGAGUCUAAACAUGGCUAGUAAACUGUGGCAUCCAUGGUAUAGGAUCAUAUGUAGUGUGAUGGAUGGCCUGAUUUGUUUGGCACAAGUCACAAGCUCGCGGCCCCGUUUUUGUGACUUUUGUGUACCAAGGUAUCUCUGUAUUACAGGCAUCUGUGUAGUGUGUAGCUGUAUUAAACAUAGAGCAGUAUGAGUGUCUGUACAUGCAGCUGUGGGUUACCAGAGGACAGCAGCUCUCUAUCCAGGCAUAAAAUAUAGUUGUAAUGAAUUGCAGGUACCCGUUCGCCUAUUUCCUCCCAAACUGCUAGAGUCUGAGUGAUUAUAGCUCACAGUCCAGGUGUUGAUUUGAACGCUUCUCCAGAUGAAUUACAGCCUUCAAGUAUAUUCUUCCAGCAAAGCAGACCGGUACCCAAACAUCAGUCGAAACUAGAUGAAGAGUGUAACAGGAAUGCUUUAUUCAGGCUAACCGCCUGGCUUUUAUGCUGUCAGGAUAUUUAUAUCGGCAGACAUUUUGUGCUAAGAAAGAAAUUAAAAGUAUAUAUUGCCAGAGUCACUCAGAACAGAGCGGACUCCAUUUUGCUAUCUUCAGGAUAACAAAGACACAUAAUUUCCUUGCUUUCACUAACCACUGAGCCUGAGCUAAGGAAUGCAUUAUAUAAACAAGCCAAGUGAUAAGCAAUGAAGCAGGAGGAUGGAAUGCUCUGUUU